UGUGGAGCCAGGACGGUGCCGCCCCAGCACACCCAAAGAGGGAAAAAAAAAAAUUCCGAGCACUCAGCAGCCAGAAACGGUGGCAAACAGGAGGGGAACCUCUCUCGCUUUGCAGCAGCCCUCCUCACGACCAAGGACCAGCAUCCAGGCCAGCCUCCGCUCUGCAGCCACGGACUCAAAGCGCAACUGCACCAGCCGCCGUCGUCACUAACCACAUAGCCCUCGAUGGCAUCGCCAACGCAGCUCGCCGCGCUGCUGGCCUCGGUCAGGAGCAUGAUCGACAGCGACCCCCGGCUCGCGGAGCACUGCGACAAAGACGAGCUCUCGCGAUAUCUGGCCGCCUAUGCCGAAUACCCCGACCCCGUUGUCAGUGCCUCAGCCGCCCUGAAGGGAACCCUGAAGUUCAGGAAGCAGCUCCCGGCCGAGCACGACGCUGUGCCGUGCCCAGAUUGCAGAGCGGAUCCACUGUCUCAUAGCAUGCGGAUCAUCGGCCUCGAUUGCCAUGCCCGGCCCGUCGUCUACACCAACUUUGUCCACUCGGCCAACCGAUCCAACACCAGCGCCAUCGUCGAGCACAUCCGCAGCAUCAUGGAGUCGAGUCUGCGGCUCAUCAGACGCGAGGAGCGAAAGACCAACCUCAAUGCGCGUGUCUCGGAGGCGUCGCAAAAGGUCAAUCCGCCAGCCGACUCGAUUCCGGUCUCGGUGCACGGCGCUCUGGUGGUCGGCCGCGAUGUCUCUGACAGAGGCCAGGUAGUAUGGAUCUUUGAUUUCGACGGAUUCCAGCCCUCGGAUUGCAACCCCGAACUUGUCCACGAUGUCUUUCAGCUCACGACACUCUAUCCAGAGCGGUUGGGACUUGCCGUUCUGCUGAAUACGCCGUAUAGCUUUUCGAAACUUUGGGCGAUCGUCAAUCCACUUCUGCGAGAAACAACCGUGUCCAAGAUCCGAUUCAUCAACACCGCAGCGCUGCGUUCACCCGAGAUCCAGACACAGCUCGGCGAUGCAGUUAUUCGCUGGGUCGAGGAAGAGAUGAUGGAAAACGGCGACGUGCUGACGCGCUCGAAAAAAUGCUUCUGGGAAUGGCGCUACACCCGCAAGGAGCUAGGCGAUGAGCAGCCCGAAGCCGAGGCUGAUCUUUCUAGCGGCGACGAGGAGCUGUUUCCGAAGCUCGGGUCACUCAAGAAUCACGAUCCACGGGGAAUCCGCAGCUAUGUCUAUCACACUGAAUACGAACUACCGGUCGACAGAGUGUUUGUCGAGAGCUAUGAGUGGGAGAAGGAUGGGAAGGGCAAGCCGAGGAGCCGCUAGAGACUAUGCAAAUACAGCCGAUCGACAGUCGUGGCCAUAUCCGCUGCUACUGCCGAUAUGAAGCUUUAUCUCUAGC